AUGAGGAAUAUUGAAAAAUUAGUUAGAAUUGCUCACUCACAAGGAAAGAAUUGGAAAACGGAACUUUAUCGUUUUCUCCUAGAGUACCGCACAACACCACAUGUUACUACAGGAAUUGCACCGGCAGAUCUACUAUUCAACCGACAAAUACGUAACAUACUUCCAGAUAGCAACGCGAUGAUUCCCGAAGGGAACGGGGGAAAUCUGGAUAAAACGUCUCCAACUACAGGUCGUGAAGCUGUACUUCAACGCGAUGCAAGGGAGAAAAACAAAUUCAAGGAUCGGGCAGAUAUACGAAACAGAGCUAAAGAACCCCAUUUCCGUAUUUGGUAUUGUUGAAACAAAGUCAAAGAAAUAAGUUAUAUUUACCUUGGGAUCCAUCACCAUAUCGCGUAACAGGUAUAAAAGGAUCAGAAAUCACGGCCAAACGCCGAGGGGUUACGGUCACACGAGAUUCGUCACAUUUCAAGCGUGUAAUUCCUUACCUGCAAGAAUUGGACGAUCCAUAUUCAAACAGUAGUGAAGAAGAAGAAGAUGGAGAAAUGGCAGUCCAGCAACAACAGGAAGAUCCAGAGAAUGAUAUCGCAAGUGAGUUAUCAGGCGAAGAUAUUGAUAAUGCAUAG